UAUAAGUGCAAUCAAGGAUUUUACUAAAUGAUCUAGUUUGAAUCUUUUAUUGGUCAUAACAACCAUGUCUCAGUAUUACAUUACCAAAACAGAAUGUUUUUAUAUAAUUUCCAUUGGACAACCAAAAACACCCUAAAGUUUUGAGGUAUUUGUUAUUUCUUUUUAUUAGUUUUACCUAGAUUGUGCACCGCCUUUUUUUAACAAUUUCAUUGCAUUCUCUUAAAUCAAUUCUCACUUUUUUGUUUGCUUCUGCAAGAAGGAUAAAUAAUAAACUGACAAUGAAACGAACGGUUAGUGAAGUGGAAAAAGUGAGUGAAGAAAAUACCGAAGCUUCAACUUCAAAAUCAUCCCAACCACUGGCGAAGAAGAGACGGGGCCCGACACGACGCAAGAAUGUCGUAAACGCGACAACCUUAAUACCAUUAAGGGUUAAUAAGUUUGGAUAGCCGAUCGGCCUGGAAGUGGUACAUAUACUAAUUAUUUGGGAACACUUGCCCGGAGUGCUAGAUUAGCUCCUUUGUGCUACAAAACUUGGUAGGAGAUGCCUAAACGGCUUAAAGAGGACAUAUGGAACAUUGUAAAGGGAAAGCAUGAUGUGGGAAUCAUGUCAAAACAGUGGACAUUAUCCUCUAUCAGAACAAAAUGGAGGGGGUACAAGUGUGAAUUAAAAAGUGAAUAUUACUCUGUUCGGGAUACAAAUGCAGAAAGAUUGGCAAACCCACCACCUGAUGUUGAGAAGGAGCAUUGGGAAUUUUUGGUUAGGCAUUGGGGUAUGCCUAUGGCGAAGGUCAGCGAAAAAAACAAAGAACGUCGUGGGAAGCAGAUAAUGUUGCAUAUUACAGGGACAAAAAGCUUUGCAUGUGUUUUUGCCGAGAUUGAGGAAAAAGAAGGUAUUCAGCUUUCUCGUGUAGAUUUAUUCAUUCGCACACAUAUAAAUAAGGAUGGCAAUGCUACUGAUGCUGCUGCUUUAGAGAUGAUUGAAAGUGUAAAAGGUCUUCAAAAAAGUUAUUUUGACUCGCCUAUUGGCAGUUCCAAUGAUUUGUUCUCCGUUGUGGGGGGACAAGAGAGAACUGGUCGUGUGUGGAUGCUUGGCUUGGGGCCUACACCAAGCGAUGUUUUGGGGCCCUCUCUUAGUAAAGCUGAAUUGAUUAAUAAUGCCAAAAAAUUUGAGGAGGCGGCACGUGCUGCAUGUGUAGAGUUGUAGGAGACCAUUUCAAAAAUGCAAGCCAACUAUGACGGCAAGUUGGAAAAUUUACGAGCCAACUAUGACGACAAGUUGGAAAAUUUACAAUAGGAGGUGGCUAUGCUAAAGCAGAUGCAACAACAAAAUUGUAGUGGAGAGGGUUCUGAUUUUUUAAAUGCUCCUAGAGUAUCCCAAAAUUCAUUUUCUAGCCAUGAUGCCAAUUCAGUUAAGGUUAUGAACUUUAAUUUCUCUUGUAUGUUAAAUUUUCAUUUAUUAUAAUGUGCACUUCAUGAAUUUAUAAAAAAAUGUAGGGUAAUUCAAAUCAAAUGGGCAAGAAGAGUAGAGUUGUUGAAGGUGAAGCUGAAGAUGGGGUCGUGGCUGUGCUUUCUGAAUUUCCUUCCCCUUGGAUGGGUUCUUUUUGAAAAACUUCUACUAUACAUUUGUCAAAAAUUCUUAAUUCUUUUUGUGUGACAUUUAAUAGUUUUAUCUAGACAAUUUGGAUGGUAUUUUCAUAUUGGCAGGUUAA